AAUAAAGAAUUUGCACGCGCCUUAUGUUCUCCUUUUUGGAUAAGAAACAUGGAAGCACUCUCACGGUUGAGCCGUGCCGAGAAGGUUCUCACGGACUACGUAUUCAACAAAUCUCUUUUACUUGGGGAAGUUUUGUACAAAGACAUGUUUUGUGAAAUGAAGCGAAGCGAUUUAAUAUCCUUUUCCGAAGGAUUUGACAAGGAUGAUGUUUAUAUAGUUUGUUUCAACAUGAAAAAGGAGAAGAUAACCAUCAUUGAUUCAAAUGGAGAUAAAACUAAGGUGUAUGAUACAUGUGUUGAAUGUUUGAAAAAGGGAAUGUGCGAGUUUUUCAAUGAAAAACAACUUGAGCAAAGAGCAA